AUGCGUUUCACGCCAAUCUUCGCGACCGCGCUGCUGGUCGCGACCAAUGGUGCGGGUGCUAUCCCGGCGGACGGAAUCCUGGAGAACCUGGGCUUUGGUGACAAGAACGAUGGGCCCAGCAGCACUGCCGUCGCGCAAAGUGCCCAGGAGCCGGCGCCUACGGCCCACGCCCAACCGCACCCGCAGCAGCAGCAGCAAGACCAACAUGCCCCCGAGGUGGCCGACUCUUCCUCGGACGACAAGCCCACCUCUUCCAAGUCCGAGGAGGAGUCCCAUUCUCCCCUGAUUGACCUACCUAUCGCCAAAUCCACCGAUGAGGGUCAGCAAGAACCGACGUCGGCUCCCGCGCCGGCGCCCACGAAGCCUGCCAAGACGGAGGAAGCGUCGGCUUCGUCCAGUUCCUCCUCUGCCCCGGCCCCCUCGAGCUCUGAUAGUGGUCCCCUCGACGAUCUGAACCCCUUCAAGAAGGACGACGAGGACAAGGAGGACAGCGACAGCAGCAAGGACAGCCAGACCAGCGACGACAGUGAGGACAGCGAGGAUGAGAAGGACGACAAGCCCAAGAGCCCCUUCCUCGAGGGCCUCGGCGAGCUGGGCGAGGGUGUGAAGAACCUCCUCGACCCCGGCUUCCUCGCCGAGUUGACCAACACCUUCAAGUACCUGUCCACCGGUCUGGCGCCUCCCGUCGACAACCAGCUCCGCGGAAUCGUCGGAGUCGCGAGCAAGCUCCUGACGCCCGAGUUCGGUGAAAAGACCGAGAAGCUGGUUGACACCGCCAACAACCUCCUGACGCCCCAGUUCAUCAAGAAGGCCGACACUCUCAUCGACAACGCCAACAACCUGCUCACGGCCGGCUUUGUCAAGAAGACCGAGACUCUCAUCGACAACGCCAACAACCUGUUGACUGCUGGCUUCGUCAAGAAGACCGACACUCUCAUCGACAGCGCCAGCGAGCUCCUCAGCCCCGACGGAGUCAAGGCCCUCAAGUCCCUGAUCGACAUGGCCGUUCCGCUCAUUCCCGCCCUCAAGCCCCUCCUCAAGGAGGAGAGCAUCGAGGGUAUCGUGGGCCUGCUGAACAACGCCGAGGAUCUUCUCACCCCCGGCUUCGUCAAGCAGACCAACGGCCUGAUCUCCAACGCCAACACUCUCCUCACCCCGGAGACCGUCAAGGCUCUCAAGUCCCUGCUCGACAUGGCCAUCCCGCUCCUGCCGGCCCUCAAGCCCCUCCUCAAGGAGGAGAGCAUCGAGGGUAUCGUGGGCCUGCUCAACAACGCCGAGGACCUCCUGACCCCGGGCUUCGUCAAGAAGACCAGCGGUCUGAUCAACAACGCGGACGAGCUGCUCAGCCCCGAGGCCGUCAAGGGCCUGAAGUCCCUCAUCGACAUGGGCGUGCCGCUGAUCCCCGCUCUCAAGCCCCUCCUGAAGGAGGAGAGCAUCGAGGGCAUCGUGGGCCUGCUCGGCAACGCCGAGGACCUCCUGACCCCGGGCUUCGUCAAGAAGACCAGCGGCCUGAUCGACAACGCGGACGAGCUGCUCAGCCCCGAAGCCGUCAAGGGUCUCAAGUCUCUCAUCGACAUGGGCGUGCCGCUCCUGCCGGCCCUCAAGCCCCUCCUCAAGGAGGAGAGCAUCGAGGGCAUCGUCGGCCUGCUCGGCAACGCCGAGAAGCUGCUCACCCCGGGCUUCGUCAACUCCACCUCCAACCUGGUGACCGGCGCCGACAAGCUGCUCACCCCCGACGUGGUCGACACCCUCGAGGACGUCCUCGCGGACGUGAUCCCGCUGCUGCCCGCCUUCAAGCCCCUCCUCGGCAAGGUCAAGCCGCUCAUCCCGGCCAUCGAGCCCCUGCUCGAGCCCUCGACUAUCAAGGAGGUCUCCUCGCUGCUGUCCAACGCCCACGAUCUGCUUACGCCUAAGUUCGUGAACGAGACGUCGCUGCUGAUUGAUGAUGUCACCGAUGCCUUGCCUAUCCUGGAUGCUCUGCUGAAGUCGCUUUAA